AUGUCUGAACAGCACGAAUACAAAUUUAACGUGUCCAUGAGCUGUGGUGGCUGCUCGGGUGCCGUGGACCGAGUGUUGAAGAAGCUUGACGGCAUCAAAUCGUACGAUGUGAACCUCCAGUCACAGACUGCCGUCGUUGUCGCCGAACCGUCGCUUUCGUACGACACUGUUUUGGCAACGAUCAAGAAGACAGGCAAGACUGUCAACACCGGGGAGGCUGAUGGGCAGUCCAUGAGUGUUUGA